GUGCCGGUCAAACCCAUAUCAUCCCAGGUGGUGGUGCAAUGGAAUACCUCCCCGAGCCAACCUGUUCUCCAAAAUCCCAACCCCAAAAAAAAAAAAAAAACUAUAUUCACACUCUAUCCUCCAAAAUUAUUAAAAUAAGUUUCUAAAAUAAUAAACACCAAACAGUCUCACUACUCUCUUUCUUUUCUCUUUCUCUCUCUUUCUCUUUCUUUCUUUCUUUUGUAAUAAAACUACUUGCAGAACAAGUUUUUUCUUUUUUUGAAAAAAAAAGUUAAAGAGAGAGUGAGAUCGAGGAAGAAACAGAAGAAGAGAAUAUGUGCUGUUUUUAUUGAUCUGUAUACUUAUUCAUAUAUCUAUCUCAUGGACAAGAAAGAAGAAGAGCUCAUCAAAAAAGAGAAUUCUUCGAUUAUUAUGGCAAAUUCGGCUACUACUCCUACUCCUACUCCUUUUACUAAUAAUAAUAAUAAUGCUUUUUUCUCAUCAGAAGAAUAUCAAUUCUUCGGUUCCACAAAUAUUUCUUCUAUAUUCGAUAAUAAUUACCAUUAUUAUUUCAAUAAUAAUAAUAAUAUCAUGCCACCAGUAUCAUCAUCAUGCAUCACUGAAGAUCAUCAUCAGCAUCAACAACAACAAGCAUCAUCUUUGGGCUUCAUGGACUUAUUGGGAAUCAAUCAAGAUUUCGGCUCAUCUUUAUUCUAUUUGCCUCCACCACCAGAAGAUCACUCCAAUAAUGAUAUGUUGAUAUUGGACAAUAUUGAUAACGAUAUGGGGUUGUCUUCGCCGCCGCCGCAGCCGCCUCCUCCUCCGCCUAUUCCGUCGUCUUCUCCAGCUUCCAGCACAGUGCUGCCGGAGACUUCUGAGGUUCUCAACAGUACGACUCCGACGACGCCAAACUCUUCUACUCUCUCUUCCUCGUCUAAUGAAGAACGACAACAAAAAGUUCCGGUCAUUCCAGACCAAGAGACCGAGGCCGAGGCCGAGGCUGAGACAGAGCAAGAUCCUGAGAAAACCCAGAAUAACAAGCAGUUGAAACCCAAAAAGAAGAACCAAAAAAGGCAAAGAGAGCCGAGAUUUGCGUUCAUGACCAAGAGCGAGGUGGAUCACUUAGAUGAUGGCUAUAGAUGGCGCAAAUACGGGCAAAAAGCUGUGAAAAAUAGCCCUUAUCCAAGGAGCUACUACCGUUGCACCACUCCAGGGUGUGGUGUCAAAAAGCGAGUGGAGCGUUCCUCCGAUAACCCUACAAUAGUUGUCACCACUUACGAAGGUCAACACACGCACCCAUGUCCCGUUACGCCACGUGGCAGCCUUGGAAUCUCGCCGGCGUCGGCUGAUUCCGGUGCCUUCUUUUCCGCUGCCGGUUCGCACUACGGCGGAGCUGCCGCAAUGCCGAUGUUGCCGAGUCAUCAGCACCAGUUUCAGUACCGGCAGAGUAGUAAUCCCUACUUGUAUAGCUCGUCAUCAACUCCUUAUUCUUCGAGUAUAAAUAUGAUUAGUAGAAGUAAUAAUAGUACUAUUACUACUGCUAAUCAUAUUAGUAAUACUCCGAGUUUUGUUGAUCAAGAGAAACAUAAUAAUAGUAAUAAUAAUAAUAAUAAUGAUUAUAUUAAUAGUAACAACGAAGUCGUGGGGGUCACUACUACUACCAAAUCUUCAUCAUCGCCUUCGACUGCUAAUUUGGUCAUGAGAAACCAUGGCGGACUUCUUCAAGAUAUCGUGCCAACCCGGAUGAGAAGUGAAGAUCAUCAUCAUCAGAGAUCAUGAUCAGCAUUUGAUUAUUUUGAUACAUAUGAUCGAUGGAUCCAUCUCAAUCAUCAUCAUCUUCACAUCACAUAAUUGGUACGGAUAUAUAUACAUUUCUUUCGCUAACUCAUGAUCACUACUGCUACUACUCAUCACCAUGAUAUGAUAUCCAUUAUGGGUUUUUUGGUCUUUGUUAUUAUAAGAAAGAACCCACCACGUUUUUUUAGAUACUUUAUCAUUUAAUCAUGGUGAUCGAUCAUUACCCAUUUCAUUUGUAGUGUACUAUAUAUAUAUAUAUAUAUGUAAAAUGAGUAGUAGUGGGCUUUUUUGGCCUUUUGAUAUUGUUGGAGGGGUUUUGCUUAGUACUUUUUCCUUGUAUUUAUUAUUAUUGGGGUUUUGUUCUUAUGUUUAUUCUUUGUACACUUAUAUAUAUGUAGGAGUAAUUUAACUUGGAUUCAUGGCCAAUAUUAUUUAUACAUUGGGUUUUGUAUAUGAUAUCCACUAUAUAAAUUAUGAAUGUAUUUUUUUUCAUUAUGAACA